GUCUGGUCUGGUUCCGUCGGUCGGUGGGUGGGUGAGUGACGCAGUUCCGGCGGCAGCGUGACUUCCGGUGAAGGCGUUUGGAGAUGGUGCUGCUGGAGAGUGACUCGUUUCUGACUGAGUUGACCCGCCUCUUCCAGAAAUGUCGAACCUCUGGAACUAUUUACCUCACCAUGAAGAAAUAUGAUGGUCGGACAAAGCCAGUUCCACGGAAAGGAAACCCUAAUACCUUUGAACCUGCUGACAAUAAGUGUCUACUAAGGGCAACUGAUGGGAAGAAGAAGAAGAUCAGCACAGUGAUUAGCUCCAAAGAAGUGAACAGGUUUCAGAUGGCAUACUCAAACCUGCUACGGGCACACAUGGACGGCUUGAAGAAGAAAGACAAGAAAAGCAAAAGUAAGAAGACCAAGGCCACACAGUGACUGAACUGCUGUCACGGCAACAGGGGACAAGCUAUUGGAGGAGACAGCUUUGGCUAGUCCCAUAUCUAACAUAAGACCCUUAGACUGCAAUCAACUUUAGUUACUUGCUUUUGUUUUUAAAAUAGACAUCAGUUGCAUGGAGAUGUGGAGGAAUUGGCAGUAGGGUGGGAGAUGAAACUUGUUUCUGCCAGGACCUCAAUGGAAAUGCAUCUUGACCACUGAUGUGUCUGAUAACUGUGUCCCUGGUAGCAUGUCACCUUAUUCAUGCUUUCGCAUAUUUAUUGCAAAGUGUUGCUGUGCACGACCCAAACAUAACCUUCGCUAGGAUUUUGCAGGUUUUACAUCAUGGGCAUGUAGGGUAAAUUUCUCCUAUCUUUAAUUAGUUUUUCAAUAUCAGUGAUGUGCACUAGAUUUCACUAAAUAAUUUGACACCUAUGCACCCAUUCAGCCUGGCCCUGGAUGCAACCCUGGACAUUCCUGCAGAAGCAGAGAUAUUCUCUAAUAUUCAGUAAUGAAACCAAACCCUUUGUGAAAUGAAUUACAGGGGUUGUCACUGCCCUGUGAAGAGAGGAUCCUCAUCUUCUUUACCCUGCUUGUCAUAAGGAUGUUCUACAAUGUGUUCUCUGAAAUCAAAGAGAGAGAUGUAUCUUUUGGCCAAAUAUAUAAAGGAGAAUUUUGUUGCUAUCUUUCACUGAUCAGCUGGAGCUGAUUUUGUUUUCAACUGGGGUUAUAGGUUAAUUGUUGCAGAGCUGUGUAUAAACUAAAAUAAAGGCUUUCUGAACCAUU